AUGGAGCCUCGCUCCUCCUGGGCGCCUUUGGAAUUGGCCACGAUUCUUCUCCUCGCCCCGCUGUUGAGUUGCGUCUACCCGGCGUCUCCUGGGACCCCAGUCGCUUGUUACCCCAACCGGCCGUGCCAGAUCCCACUCCUGAGCCGCAAUCCGGCCACACUGAUCUGUCCUAACGCCCCGUCCCAGCCCGGCCGGGUGACCUGGACCUACAUCAACAGCUCGGAGCCCGGUUCCAAAGCGGUUCUGUUGGUGGGACGAGGAGCCGUCCCGCUCAGCGGAGGGUCCCUGGGCGACCUGCAGUCGCGUUGCGGCUUGUCCCCGCCGCACCUCUCCAUCCGACCCGCCACCGUGCGGGACUCCGGCGUCUAUAUCUGCCAAGUGGGUCACAACACCCUGGCGUACUACGAGGCGGACGUCCAAGCUGUAGACAAGGCUCACCUCUCCGGCAAGUCCAUCGGCGUCUCCCCCCUGCCCAGCGCCUUCCAAGAAGUAGGAGGCCAGCACUGGGAACUCUUCACCCUCUGGAAUGCUUGGGAAGGUUGCAAUCGGUGCGGGGUCCCGGGAGAGAGGAGGCGCUUGGGUUUCUGCUACGCCCGUCCCGUCUCGGGAUACCAGCCACCCGCGCCCUGUGGCCUCUCGGCUGCCAGGGGCCAGCAACACCCCGCCCGGGGUCCCGAGAUCGCACUGGAGUCCUGCCGGGUCCCGUGUCCCACCGACUCGCCUUACGGAAAGCACCCCCGGCUCUUGGAAUACCCGGGUCGAAAAUUCGUCCCGUUGGACAAUCCCGGGACGCUCUUGAUCGAGACCUACUUGGUGAACGUCAACGGCAACGUGAGUCUCAAGUGUCCCGGCGCCUCGGUCUACACCCCGGUGUCCUGGCAAAGAAACUCCACUUACGUGACGCGGGGGGAACUGUCCGCACGGCGGGGGAGCGCUCACUCCUUGGACGAUCUCACCGGGGGCAGCGUCUACAGAAUCGCCGGGGUGCAGAAGAGUGACCAGGGGGUCUACAGGUGCUACGUGGCUCAGGGACUGGCCGGAUCUUUCCACUUGAGGGUCUUGGACCCUUACGGGAGAGGAGGAGCGGCGGCGGCGGGGAGCAAUGCCAUGGGCGCGGUGUGGGAUCUCUUGGCUGCCAUCUCCAUAACCUCAGCGGUUCUUGUUUUCUUAAGUUUCCUGUACACUUACUGCAGCCAAGUGCGGCGGCACCAGGUCGUGCACUGGUAG